AGCUGUCUGAUCGUGGUCAUUUGCAUAUAAUUUGCAUUUAUUGAUACGCUGUUUGCCUGCUAUUUGCGAUAAAAAUAAUCAUUACCACGUCCACUGUGUCAAAGAAUAGUUGUGUUUACAUUGUCUUCGUGAAUUUCAAUAAUGGGGGCCCUCGCCAGCAGGCAGAACGCUGGUGUUGAAGAGGCCGAUGUCGUGUCGAAUCAUGCAUACAAAUAUCCACCUCGCUCAGGUAACUACUUCGGCAGCCAUUUCAUCAUGGGUGGUGAGAGAUUUGACACCCCGCAGCCUGAAGCAUACUUGUUUGGAGAAAAUGCUGACUUGAACUUCCUGGGCAGUCGUCCAACUCCUUUCCCAUACCCACCACCACAAUCAAAUGAACCGACAAAAACUCUCAAAAGCCUCGUAAACAUCCGCAAAGAGUCACUCAGAUUCGUCCGCUGCCCGGAGCCGGUAGGCAAGCUGGUGGAAAACAACAAGAUCGGAGACGGCAUGAUCAAACCCGUGGAGAACGGGAAGGGGACAUAUUAUAAUAUAGAGUUUACUUUUGACUGUGAUGCCAGGAUUGCCAUCACUAUAUUCUACUUCUGCACUGAGGAAGUUACUCCAACUGGUGUUGUGUACUACCCCCGUGACCCAGCCAUGACCUCCCAAACUUACCACUACAAGAAAGGCGCGAACCAGCAGUUCUGUCAGCUCGCACACGUCUUCGACCCCUCCCGACAUGCUGAUGAGGAGCUAUUAUACAAUGCGGACACUGAGAUCAUUCCCGUCGCUAUAUACUGCGUCGUUGACGAGGGCCAAGAAGAAAUCCGCCAAUCGCACACUACGAUAGCAAUAGUGGAGAAACACUCAGACGGCACUUACGUACUGAAGGCCCUCAAACAGAAGCUGUUCGUGGACGGGCUGUGCUACCUGCUGCAGGAGAUCUACGGCAUCGAGAACAAGAACCUCGACACUAAGCCAAGCUCCGACGAAGAAACCGAAGAGGGCGGCUCAGAAUGCGUCAUCUGCAUGUGCGACGUCCGCGACACCCUCAUACUGCCGUGCCGCCAUCUCUGUCUGUGCAACUCAUGUGCGGACUCUUUGCGGUACCAGGCGAAUAAUUGCCCGAUCUGCAGAGCCCCGUUCAGGGCGUUACUGCAGAUCAGGGCUUUACAGCGGGCCACUGCGCCUGCGGCCCCCGCGAGCCCGCCGCUGGGGAGCAUGGAGAACAUCCCGGCAGGCUACGAGCCGGUGUCGCUGAUGGAGGCGCUGAACGGGCCGCACCCCCCCCGCGCCCCGCCGCAGCUCCAGCCCGCCAUCGCCAGCCCCGACACCGACACCGCCUCGCAGGCGGCAGAGAUCCUGAACCGCUGUAACCUCGAGCGCAGCUCCUCCACCAGUCUCGGCAGCGCGCUCAACAACACACACGCUCUCACACCAGAGUUCCGCAUGUCGGUGCUCUUGGCGCGUGAGCAGGAUGGCAGACGUGAACGAGCCGCCAGCCCACUGUUGCGCGAGCCGGCGAGGGUCAGCCCUGAGGCUGUCAAUAAGUCAUCCCUAAGCCUGGAAUACCCCGCGGAAGCGUCCGUCCACGAGCCGAGCUCCGAAGACGAGGGCUCCGCCGAGCUGGCUCUCGCUGAACCCGAGCCGGCCGAGGAGCACGAGCCUGACAGCGACGCCGAGCGACUGUCGCCUCUAUUGACACAGCCGCAACCACCAUUACAGCCUAACGGGGUAAACGAGGGCUCCGCCGAACUAGCUCUCGCUGAACCCGAGCCGGCUGAAGAGCACGAGCCUGACAGCGACGCCGAGCGACUGUCGCCUCUAUUGACACAGCCGCAACCACCAUUACAGCCUAACGGGGUGGGUCACCUGGGUGCCCGUUCGCGCACGCGCUCUCCGCUGCCGACGCUCGCGCACAUCGACGACCCCGACCCUGAUGUGCCCGCCUCGCCCCGCGCAUCAGCGAGCUCUGCGGGCUCGGCGGGGUCGCCGCCGGCCGAGGACUCGGACUAUUUCACGCCGGAGGACACCGCCACCACCAUUCUGACCGUGCCCAAGCACAAACACGCUGAGCUGAUGAGCAACGGGCCGGCGGCCGGCGACGGCACUCCGCAGCGCUGGGCGCUGCCGCAUCGCGUCACUUCCUUGCCAGGCACGCCACUCUCGCAAUCGUCAGUGCGUUCAUCAGGUGACUCUUACAGUUCAACGUCGUCCACUCGCCAGCUGCUCGCGGCCGCGCCGCUGCCCGCCGACACCGCGUGCUAGCGCCAACCAUGUGUUAUAACCGCGCAUGUCGCUAUACAGCCGGGUAACACCUAAUCGGUAACUUGGUGUCGUCAGGCAACUAUGACAGUUCUACGUCGUCCACUCGCCAGCUGCUCGCGGCCGCGCCGCUGCCCGCCGAUACCGCGUGCUAGCGCCAACCAUGUGUUAUAACCGC